AUGGGUAAACGCUCGGCUUUUGAUGAUUCAGACGAGGAGGAGCAGUAUCCCGAGGAGAGGCCACAAGGAACUCCCCAACAGGAAAUGGGUCAAGCACCCUCCCGUCAGAUGAUGAGGGUGCACGCAGAGAGUUCGAUGAAGAGGAAGCCCUCGGACCAAACCUCGGGCUUUCAAAAAAGGAAGCGGGGGGAUCCUGAGGUGGUGGAGGUCGAUCCUCUGUCCUUCAGCUUGCCCGCGAUUCACGAGCUAUCCUCCAUCGACGAACUUUUGAAGGAGGGGUACGAGGAUCAAGGGCGGGGGGCAGGCCAGUUCGAGGGCGUACCCGAGGGUCACGCUCUGCUGAUGUUCGACCCUCCACGGGUCGAAUGGGUGGACUUGCCCGCCGCCGGAGUGCCGCAGCUGGAGGACGGCAUGAGACAGGCUGUGCAGGCGGUAAACUCCUUCGUGACCGUGAGUGCGGACUUAGAGGGACAGCUGGCUUCGGCUAGGAGGAAGGCUGCCAGUGAGGCCAGCAAAGCCAGAGAGGCGGAGACACGGCUCCAGGCCCUGGAAGAGGAGAGGAGGAGAUUGGAGGAGGACGUCACGAGAAUGAGGGGGCAGCUCGAAGGCAUGGAACUGACCCGCAGUCUCCAAAUAGAGAGUCUGCUGGCAACGAGCGUCCCCGAAUCUCACCUGGACGCGUACAUUCUCGCGGGAGUUCAAAGGUACUUGGGGUCGUCCGAGUUCGCCCUCGAGAUAAACAAUGUCAUGGACCCCGCCAUGGAAAGAGGGGCGAGGAAGGUCGUCAUGGAGAUAGAGGCGGCCCGGAGGAAGAACGAGGACAUCCAACCCGUCCUCGAUAAGUAUGCUGAUAGGGAGAUGAAGGGAAAGACGUCCACAAUGCCGAGGAGAACACAAACGCCUCCGAGCACGCCGCCGCGACCCGACAAGGAGCCGGAGAUAGUCGGACCUGCACCACCCCCCCAAGGGCACAACUCUGGAAGCCGCGGAGGAGGGGGCACCUCAACCGACUCCAACACCAAUAGCAGAGACAAGGUGAACGAUGCGUAG